UGUCCCCCCCUCCACCUCCAUUUCGCCGUGCAAGCCAGCCACCUUCCAUCAUUCCACGACCCCUCAAUUCCCGGGGAAAAGAGCAAUCCAUCGAUCAAUACCAACCCCACCUUCCAGCAGCUGAAACCUGCACUCAUUCCACUUCACAGCGGCAUUUGUCACCCCAUUUGAGCUCCAUUCCUUCUAGCUGCUACUCCCUUCGCUCUUCCCACAUUCCUCCAAACAAAACCAGGCAAACUUGGUUGGGCAAGGCUCAAGAAGAGAUUUCAUCUUCCAAUCUUUUUUGCCCCCUCUAAUCUUCUCAUUAUCAUCUAAGUGGACCUCAAGGUUGAUCUGAAUUUGUUUAUGAUUGCAAUGUGGAAGCCCUACUGUUGGAAGUUCUCCAUUCUCUGUCUAUCCAUUGUUGCCCUUGUCGCCUCUGCCAAAAACGAUGGAAAUCCUGCUAAUGAGGUUGUCGACUGCAUAAAUAAGAACCGAACAACGAAUAAGCUACCAAAGUUGUAUAAUAGUCCUGGGUUAGGGUGCAUGGCUUUGCAAUACAUAUCAGAGUGCAUGGGAAACUGCAGUACCAACAAUACUCUGAGCUGCCAACCUCCAGAAGUUGACAUUACCGAGGUAUAUGCCCCCAAUUGUGGCGUAGAGUUACCAACAGUAGGCACUAUAUCUGGCCAUCUUGUUGGAUGCCAGUGGAAACAUCUAAAUCCAGAGCAAGCUUUCUCUAAAGUCCUGAUUUCGGACAAGAAAAGACUCUCUCUUUUGCAUAGUAAAGAUCACACUGAAGUUGGUGUAGGAUUUAGUAGAGCUCAUCAUGGACCGUUCUUUUGGUGCAUCUUAUUUAGCAGUGGAAAAACCAACUCGACAUUUGUACUAGAAGGUGGAAGAGGGAUUAAGCAGAGAAAUGGUUGCUUCAGUGGAAAAGAUCUACCGUGCAGCUCUGGGAGGAAGCUUCCGUUUCCGUCAGACUUGAAGCCUGUUGUUUUCUCAAUGCUACUUCAUCUUAUAGUUGGUAUAUAAUUCUGUUAGUGAGCGAAAAAUUUGGUUAUGUCAGAGUAGGCUUUACAUGAGUGUAUAAUGGAGUCAGUUUUUGAUGUAAUCAAUUUGGCAAUGAACAAAUCAGUUCCAACUUUAAUCAAUAAUGAAGUUGGAAUAGGCAUUAAGAUGAAACUAGUUUCUUCAUUUAACCAUGACAUUUCAGCAA